ACUCAAAACUCGACGGUGCUGUUAUUGUUCGGUUUGAAGAGUUUGAGGGUGGUCGGCGCUUUGUUUUUAUUGUGGUGGGGCUGCACGCUACUACUAGCACGUUAAUUCCACUCAUAUACAAACACCUGCAUGCUGGGACCGAGGUAUAUUUUAAUAAUAUAGCAUCAUUUUUAUCCAGGUAGUGGUACGCUAACAAGUUAGGUCCCAAAACAGCUGAUGGAUGCGCGGGUAUCGGAGUUAUUUUGCUCAGGAAGCGGACAUGGCUCUGGAUCUCAAGGUGUCGCGUCCAACGUCAAACCGGGAAAUGGCUAUGCGGCAGCCCCCAAAAAGGCUUGUGUAAAGAACAACAAGAAAUCCAAAGCUCGAUUCUCCCGCAACUUCAAACCAAGCAAUAACACCCCAUAUCUACCUCCAGAGGCUGAAGAGGGAAACAUAGAGUACAAGCUGAAGCUGGUGAACCCCACACAAUACCGCUUUGAGCACCUGGCAACACAAAUGAAAUGGCGACUGCAGGAGGGUCGGGGCGAAGCCGUCUAUCAAAUAGGUGUUGAGGAUAAUGGCAUGCUAGUGGGAUUAUCAGAGGAAGAUAUGAGGACAUCGCUGAAGACGCUCCAUAAACUGGCAGAGAAAGUUGGAGCCGAUAUCACUGUCCUCAGAGAGCGAGAGGUGGACUAUGACUCUGAUGUGCCUCGUAAGAUUGCUGAGGUUCUCAUUCGCAAGGUGCCAGAUGACCAGCAGUUCUUGGACCUGCGAGUAGCUGUACUGGGUAAUGUGGACUCUGGCAAGUCCACUCUGUUGGGUGUUCUGACACAGGGUGAGCUGGACAAUGGACGGGGAAGAGCGAGGCUCAACCUCUUCAGACAUCUACAUGAGAUCCAGACUGGACGCACUUCAAGCAUCAGCUUUGAGAUCCUUGGCUUCAAUAGUAAAGGAGAGGUUGUGAAUUACAGUGAGUCCCGAACAGCAGAGGAGAUUUGUGAGAGUGCCUCUAAAAUGAUCACAUUCAUUGAUCUGGCGGGUCACCACAAGUACCUGAAGACCACCAUCUUUGGCCUCACCAGCUACUGCCCAGAUUUUGCUAUGUUGGUCGUCAGCGCAAAUACUGGCAUUGCUGGUACGACACGGGAGCAUCUUGGACUUGCCAUGGCCUUGAAGGUGCCCAUCUUCAUUGUCAUCAGUAAGGUGGACUUGUGUACACGGGCCACAGUGGAGCGCACUGUGCGGCAGCUGGAGCGCGUCCUCAAGCAGCCGGGCUGCAACAAGGUGCCCAUGGUCAUUGGCAGUACGGACGAUGCCGUAACUGCAGCACAGCAGUUUGCCCAGUCGCCCAACAUCACACCCAUUUUCACCUUGUCCAGUGUGUCUGGAGAGAGUCUAGACUUGCUGAAGGUCUUCUUCAAUAUCAUCCCUCCUCUCAGCAACAGCAAGGAGCAGGAAGAGCUUAUGCAACAGCUAACUGAGUUUCAGGUGGAUGAGAUCUACACAGUGCCAGAGGUGGGGACUGUGGUGGGAGGUACUCUGUACAGUGGUAUUUGCCGUGAGGGAGAUAAUCUUGUAGUCGGGCCCACGGACUUGGGCCAUUUCCACAAGUUGACCAUUGGCAGCAUCCAAAGGAACCGCUCUGCAUGCAGGGUACUCAGGGCCGGCCAGGCUGCCACACUCGCUCUGGGUGACUUCGACCGGUCGCUGCUACGCAAGGGUAUGGUGAUGGUGAGCCCAGAGAUGGAUCCUACCAUCUGCUGGAUGUUUGAAGCUGAGAUUGUGCUGCUCUUCCAUGCAAAGACCUUCCACAAGGGCUUCCAGGUUACUGUGCACAUUGGCAAUGUGAGACAGACCGCCACCGUGGAAGCUGUGUAUGGCAAGGAGGAGCUGAGGACGGGCGAGAAAGCAGUGGUUCUCUUCAAGUUCAUCAAGCACCCAGAAUACCUGAAGGUGGGAGCUAAGGUGCUCUUCAGAGAGGGCGUGACCAAAGGUAUCGGCCACGUCACCAAGUUGCAGCCCAUCGCCCAGUACCGGUCAUCCCAAAGCGAGGACGAUGAAGCCUAAAGUUUCUCGGAGAACCACAACAGAGAACACCGUCCCACCCAAAAACAAGGUGUUUUUUUUUAAACAACCUCCUGCUUUCUCCAAAGGCCGCCCUGCCCUGUUCCCUGCUCAGUAAAUCCCUAACACGGGGUUUUGUUGUUUUAUCACCCUGUUCCAAAGCCUUGUCACCAUCCUCCUCAUUUUUCCCCUUCAGCCUUUUAAAUAACUGUUGACGUUUUAGUCUCCUUUGUGGUGUUGGGUGUUGCUCUUUAUGGCACUGAUGAGAGGAUCCCUCUCUGUAACACAUUCACUUAGCAACAUCUACCGAAGUGUUACUGACUGUCAAGAACACAGAGUUGCAAUGGACAGAUAAAUAAGUGGUAACUAGGAAAUUGCUUUCUCACGCCAACGUCGAAGUGCUACUUACACAGUUUACACCUAAAUGCACUCCUAACACACCCUUCGAAACAGACUCACCCAUACACUUGCACUGAAACAUAAACGCCAGUGUUGAUAUACUUUGGCAGAUAAUCGUUUACAAACUCAACAGCUGCAACUUGUAUGAGAUGCUCGGACAUUCAGGUGUAAGCCUAUCACAUCACCGAUGUCAUUCCUGUCACCACCCUCAUGGCAGCUUGUCUGUGUUACCAGCAUAAUGCCUGAAUGAAAAGGACAAGCCUCUGAUAUCACUGCAUUUGAAUACUCUUCAAUCAUACCCCUUUCUUAGUAAGCGCUAAUGAAUUAUGUGAGACAGUAGUAAAAGCAUUGAGAUACCUUCACAGCUUGUCAGUUGUAUACAAGCUAAACCAUCUUUCUUCAGGCUAUAGUGCCGACAAGGGCAUUGCAAGGUAUGCAAAGAUAGAACUUGACUCAGUUUGUAUGUCAGCCUGCCAAGAAAAUUCACACUGACAAAUCCCUUUGUAACUGGUUUUAUGUCACAUAUGUCUGUGAGAAUUCAGUUUCUUUAUCCACAAAUAAUGCCUCACGAUAGUGCAGUGAGAUGGCAAUGAUCUUGCUGCCUACGUUUUAAGUGCUUUAGUUACUCAGGUCAGGUGUAGAUAUCUUAUUAGACAGCAUUCCACUCUCACAUAACUACUCCAUUGGAGGUUUCUGUUGCCGACUUAGGGGGCAAUGUUUGAGGGACAAAAAGAUAAGGGUGUUUCUCCCAAAGAGUAUGUGAAGCUACGUACUAAGGCACCUUUGUUUAAAAGCAAUUAUGUUUGGGGUACUUGAUGUCGUACCUUCACUUAAGUUACUGAUGCUACUAACUAUUGAAGGGGUUUAACACAGUGCCUCAUGGAACUACUGUUUGAGUGGCCUUCCAUUACACCCCAGAGUUUUACAACUUGGUAGGUCUAAUUAAGGUGGUGCUACUCCUUGAAACAGCUUUUAUUUUAUAUUAAGAUGAUUUUGAAAUUGAUUGUUAAUCGCUACUCUGUUCAAGGCUGCUGUUGGUCUUAUCAUGUCUUAUAGCAUAUUGAUGUGAUUUAUACAUUGACUGUUGUCCCACUGACUCAUAUAGCAAGGAUAUAGAGGACAACGGAAAUGUGUGCCCCGUUUAGAUGCACCCACGUUGUUGUUAUGCACAGUUCGUAUGCAAGAGAGGAAAAACUAAGACCACAUUUCAACCAAAAUAUUUUGUAGCCUUUAUGAAGAGUUCUAUCAGGUGUUUGUUUUAAUGCAUCUGAGAAGUAUUUUAUAGCUUUCUUGUAGUUCCAGAUUUUACAUCAUUCAGUUUUCACUGGUUUCGCAGUCUUCUUAAUGAUUUUUUGAAAUCACGUUUAUGACCCGUUUUCCUUUUUAAUUGAAAGUGUACUAUUUUGAUUAGUUGGGUGAAAUGCAAUAUUUAUGUACAGAUCUAAUUUGUGUAUCAUGAUGUACAUGAAUAAAACUUUUAUUGUGUCUUUC